UCUCUCUCUCCUUCUUCUUCUUCUUCUUCUUAUUCUCUUCUUCGCCUUUUCUGCUUCUUCUUUUAUCUUCAUCUGCGCCUUUAUCUCCCUCUUUGCCUCCUUUAUCCUCCCUGCUGUCCAUCCUCAGAGUGCAGCUGUCUGCCACUGAUCCUACCAUCACCAUGGUCGCUACCAAACAACGCAAGGUCGCCAUAGUGGGCAGUCGGGCCGUUGGUAAGUGAACCCAACACCAGAGACAAGAGACAAGAUACAAGAGACAACAGACUUGAUAUAGAAGAAGAACAAACAAAAGACAGAGGUACGAUGGCUAACAGAUGGCAGGCAAAUCGUCGCUGACCGUCCGCUUCGUCGAGGGCACCUUUGUCGAGAACUACUACCCGACGAUCGAGAACACCUUCAACCGCACCAUCAAGCACAAGGGCCAGGACUACAUGACCGAGAUCGUCGACACGGCUGGCCAGGAUGAAUACAGCAUCCUCAACUCGAAGCAUUUCAUCGGCAUCCAUGGCUACAUGAUCGUCUACUCUGUCGCCUCCAGACAGUCCUUUGAGAUGGUAACCGUCAUCCGUGACAAGAUCCUCAACCACCUCGGCCAGGACUGGGUUCCUCUCGUGCUCGUCGGCAACAAGUGCGAUCUCCCCGCAGACGUGCGAACGGUCUCUGCGGAAGAAGGCAAGAAGUUGGCCGAGAGCUUCAACUGCGCCUGGGCUGAAGCCAGCGCCCGCAACGACACAAACGUCUCGUCCACUUUUGAGCUGAUGAUCGCUGAGAUCGAGAAGUCCCAGACGCCCAGCGAACCAGCGAACAACGGCAAGUGUCUCGUCAUGUAGACCCCUCCGCGGGGCCCUCCAUCUUCCGACGUUCGCCUUGCCUUGCCGUUGCUUUCCUUUCCGCUUUACUUGCUUUGUUUGGGGAUGGUCAAAGUCAUACACGACUGAUGUGAGGCGGCGGAUGGCUUUACGGUGCGACUCGAGCUUCGGCGUGUCACCUUCCACCCAUCCUCGAUCAAAUGAUUGAACAACAAAACAAACAAAUCCAAACCGUCCAUUAAACUAGUCACGAUCACGGCUUAUCCUUUCGACCUUUUCUUACCACUCGAUCGAUAUCUCCUCGAUACGAAACUACCGGCUUCUCUAUCUACUGGCUGCAACAUGGUUAUACCCUUUGCCUCACUUUUCUCUUUUCCUCUUUUUCUCUAACUGUGUCUUUGUUUCUCUUAACUCUGCGUUGAUUCUUCUUCUGUUCCUCGGGUCGGUCGGUUCGGCUUCUCUUCUUGCUUUGCUGUCUCUUCUUUUAACCCACCCCCCUCCUUUCUACUUUUAUCCCUGGCUGGAUUUAAUGCUUCUUUUUCUUCCCUUUUUCUCCCCCUGCCAGGGCUGGUGGCUGACGCUGAUGAUGACGAGCAUACCCCCUUUUCCUUCUUCUUUUUCCUUUUCUUCCUCUUCAUCUCUUUUCCUUCGUUUCAUGGGA